AUCGCUACAUUUAAUAACUUGGUAUAUAUAGCAUUUAUUGCGAGUUGGCACUGUACGGCUUGAAUAGGAAGCAGCCUUACCGCGUGUGUUAAUCAUGAUUGCGGCCAUUCUGUUAACGGUCAUUGUCGGGGCUUUUGCUGAGCCAUCCGUACAUGUGGUCCCGCAUGCCAAACAGGCUGUACAUGAAGUAGCACAUGACGUACACAGGGAAGUCGGGCUUAUUCAUCAGGUCCCUGUCAUUCAGAAAGAGGUCAAAAUUAUUAGACAAGAAGUUCCCAGACUUGUGCAUAGACCCAAAAUUAUCCGAAAAACAAGAGUACAUGUACAGAAAUACAUCUAUGACAAGCCGUACAUUAGGAAACACACAAUUAUCAAGCCUGUCGAGGUCGUGAAGAAGUUUGACGUUCACAAGACAGUCGACGUCCCGCAGCCCAUACACAAGGUCAAAACAGUGGUCAGACCAGUUCAUGUAGACCGACCCUACCCACAAGUCAUCGUAAAGAAGAAGACUCAAUAUAAAGAAAACAGAAUCUUCAGACCCAAACCUGUGUUUGAAGAGAGAGUACAUAUCAAGAAACAACACGUACCUGUUCCAAUCACCGAGCACGUUUUCAAGAACAUCCCACAACCUCGUCUGGUCGUCAGGAAAUACCCCGUCGAUGUUACCAAGCACGUACAUAGCGUGAGGAAAGAGCCUGUUGCAGUUGCUCGAGUUAAGGAGGUGGGCGUCCAAGUACCAGUGAUUGACAGGAAGAAGAUCCAUGUCCCAGUGGCCAAAGCUCAUGGCGGUUACGAAUCCAAAGGUAAAGGAGGAGGGGGAUUCAUUGGGGGCGGGGCCAAUUCAUUAGGAGGUGGUCCUGGAAUCGCCUUAGGCGGCGGUCCUGGAAUCGCCUUAGGCGGCGGUCCUGGAAUCGCCUUAGGCGGUGGUCCAGGAAUCGCCUUAGGCGGUGGUCCAGGAUUUGGUAUGGGCGGCGGCUUCAUAGGAGGUGGUCCUGCUCUUCCGGUAGGCAUGGCCGGAGGACCAGGAUCAUUGGCAGGUUUUGGAGGCGGUGCUGGUUUUCAAGCGGGACCAAUAGGUGGAUUUGGAAGCCCCGCCCUAAUGGCAGGCCCCGCCCCUUUCCAAGGUGCAGCUUUCAUGGGAGGAUCAGGAUAUGCUAAUAAGCAUUAGGUUUAAAACGUGAAGUUAUCGGUGGCUACCAAUAAACCACUCAAAUGAGCUCAGACACGGUCCGAUGCGACCCUGAAAAUGGAUUGGAUUUCAUUUGCCAUGGUAUCUCUGUAUUUGUACAUACAUUAAACAUCGGUGCUCAUGUAAUGUAUCUUCAUCUCCCGGGCGUCUGUAUAAAUAGAUCUAUAUUUUUAA